UUGCUACCACAGAAAUCUCGCAAGGCAAAAGGUUAUAAAACUGAACCGUGGACUGCAGAGAUGCCUCUGAACAAGUACUCCCCCUCAGCCAUCAUGGCAGAAUGUGACAAGAUGACAGCCACGGCUGCAGUACACAGUGCAGUAGCAGUGGACGGCCUGUUGGACAGCGAUGGAGGAAUGGAGAGAACCAAAGGGAGCAGCCCCCUCACUGCUGCUGAACCCCCCUCACCACCCAGCCACAAACAGAGUGGGGACCAGGCGUCCCCAGAUACAAGCCUGGAUCAGGGGUCCAGCACCAGGAAGAGAUCCCGCAGGAGUCCAGAUCCAGUGGAGGGUGCCUGGGAAACCUCCUACAGUCAGGAGGGAAAGGUGAGCCUGAGACAGAGGCCCUCCCCAAGAACCAUAUUCCAGGCAGGCCUGAGGUUUCCCAGCAGCGCCCCCAAGAGUCAAGAUGACAGAGGGCCAGCUAGGCAGGGAUGGGGCAGCCCCACAGGGAACUGUCCCUCACCCCCCUCUGUGGAGCUGUUGGAGCAGGACUCAAAGGACUCUGCCCACAGCAUUGACUCUGCCUCCUCCUCCUCUUCCUCCAAGGAGGAGACUGCCAGCCAGCCAGAGUACAAGGAUGGCAAAGGCUUUGGUGUCGGGGAGCUGGUGUGGGGCAAGAUCAAGGGCUUCUCCUGGUGGCCAGGCAUUGUGGUGACCUGGCGUGUCACAGGCAAGAGGCAGGCCUCCCACGGCAUGAGGUGGCUGCAGUGGUUUGGAGAUGGAAAGUUCUCAGAGGUUUCUGCAGAUAAGCUGGACUGCAUCACUGCCUUCCCCAAGUAUUUCAACCAGGCGUCCUACACCAGACUGGCGUCGUACCGUAGAGCGGUAUUCCAAGCCCUGGAGAUGGCCAGCAGAAGGGCGGGGCAGGCAUUUCCACAGGGUGAGACAGACAGCCCAGAGGAGCAGGUGAAGCCUCUGCUGCAGUGGGCUCAGGGUGGCUUCCUGCCUAAAGGCUCUGAAGGCCUCAAACCCACGACCCAGAACACAGAGGAUGGAUCCCUGAGCCCUCAGGUCCUGGGUGUCACUCUGUCAGAGUACUUUCCUCCAGCCAAGAGACACAAGCCCAGCCCGUGCCGGGCCAGGACGGGCAGCGAGGAAGUAUGCAGCCGAGAGCAAAUGGUGUGUGAAGUGCUGAAGCAUAGCAGAAGUAUAGAAGAAUUUUGCCUCUCAUGUGGGAAGACAGCAGUGGAGACCUUUCACCCACUUUUUGAAGGAGGCCUGUGCCAAACCUGCAAGGAUGCAUACUUGGAGAUCUCCUACAUGUACGAUGACGACGGGUACCAGUCCUACUGCACCGUGUGCUGUGGGGGGAGGGAGGUGCUGCUCUGCGGAAAUGCAAACUGCUGCAGGUGUUUCUGUGUGGACUGCCUGGAUGUGCUGGUGGGCGCAGGGGCGUCUGACAGGGCACGGGAGCUAGACCCCUGGUUCUGCUAUAUGUGCCAGCCUCCACAGCGCUACGGCGUUCUCACACGCAGGCAUGACUGGAGCGUCAAACUGCAGGAGCUCUUCAUCAACGACAAUGGCCAGGAGUUUGAGAGCCCCAAGAUCUACCCUGCCGUCCCAGCUGAACAGAGGCGCCCUAUCAGAGUUCUCUCGCUGUUUGAUGGCAUUGCUACAGGGUACCUGGUGCUGAGGGACCUGGGUUUUCGGGUGGAGCUGUACAUCGCCUCUGAGGUGUGUGAGGACUCCAUCUCUGUGGGGGUUGUGCGGCACCAGGGGAAGAUUCAGUACGUGCACGAUGUGCGGAACAUCACCAGGAAGAAUAUUGCAGACUGGGGCCCAUUCGACCUGGUGAUUGGUGGGAGCCCAUGCAAUGACCUCUCCAUUGUAAACCCUGCCAGGAAAGGCCUGUAUGAGGGCACAGGGCGGCUGUUCUUUGAGUUCUACCGGCUGCUGAGCGCGGCCAAGCCCAAGGAGGGAGAGGACCGCCCCUUCUUCUGGCUGUUUGAGAAUGUGGUCGCCAUGGGCGUCAGCGACAAGAGGGACAUCUCUCGCUUCCUGGAGUGUAACCCCGUGAUGAUCGACGCCAUUGAUGUGUCGGCCGCUCACCGGGCCCGUUACUUCUGGGGUAACCUGCCCGGUAUGAACCGACCCCUGUGUCCCUCUGGGACAGACAAACUCCAGCUGCAAGACUGUCUAGAGCAUGGACGUAUUGCCAAGUUUGGCAAGGUACGCACCAUCACCACACGCUCCAACUCCAUCAAGCAGGGCAAAGACCAGCAUUUUCCAGUCAUCAUGAAUGGAAAGGAGGACAUACUAUGGUGCACAGAGAUGGAGAGGAUCUUUGGGUUCCCUGUGCAUUACACAGAUGUGUCCAACAUGGGCCGAGGUGCCAGGCAGAAGCUGCUGGGGCGAUCAUGGAGCGUCCCAGUGAUUCGGCACUUGUUCGCCCCCCUGAAGGAUUACUUUGCCUGCGAGUAGCACCCCCUGACA